AUGUCCUUGAUUCUUUAAAAUCUUUACUUAGGAGGUGUGGAUGUUGCCAAGGAUAUUAAGUUUAUAAAAGAAAAAAACAUAAAAUACAUCCUUAUAUGUGCUAAAGGAAUACAAUAAUAUUACCCUAAUAAAGUUUAAUAUAAGCAACUCAACAUUUCAGAUAAUCCUUGUACAUUGAUAAUCACAUAUUUGCCAGAAUCCUUAGAGUUUAUAAAUUAAAACAUAAGUACAUUGUAAAUGUAACUUUAUAGAAAAUGCAGCCAUUUUAGUGCAUUGUUUAGGAGGUAAAUCUAGAUCAGUUUCUGUGGUAAUCGCCUAUGUUAUGUUUUCACUGCAUGUCUCAUAUGAAUAAGCAUUUCAACAUGUCAAACAACAUCAUUUCAAGGCCUAACCAAACGUUGGAUUUAUUAAGCAAUUAAACAUUUUUUAAACAGUCUUAGAAAUUUAUGGAAAGCCAAAACAGAAUGAUUUCAAAGUCUUAAACUAGAUUAUGUAUGAUAAUAAUAUAGAGAGUCAAGUAAAACAAAAGCUUAAUUAAAUACAGUUUAAAAACAAUUAUGAAAUAGAAUAAAAUGAAGAUGAGGAAGAGGCUAUUUAAGAAGAUCUAAAUGUUUAGUUUAUUUAGUAAAAAUAAAAAUGA